ACGCGAGGCUGCGUCAGACAGAGCGGCUCCGACCCCCGCCACGGGCACAUGGUACAGUCCCUAUCGCAGGGUGGGGGAGCCGUGUGGGAGAGCAGCACAGAUUCCGUCUAACGGAGAAGCACGGAAAGAGAAAACGGGCGAGAAACAUGAGUCGAAAUCGCCCCUGUGAAGGUUUCCACCACGAAGGAAGAAAAAAUCCCCCGUUCUACAACUGAAAAGCAGAAGAGGAGAGUAGGUGUGUGAGGACAGAAGAGCGGAAGCGGACGGAAGAAGAACGGGCGCGUCAAAGAAGCGAGCAGAGGCGUCUGACAGCAAAGCUCAGGAACUCCGCUGGAUUUGGUUUCUGUUGUUCACUCCGAGACGAGUUUCAAGUUUUGCUUCGUCGCAGUUUGGACGUUGUUUGUGAUUUUACUUUGGUGUGAUCGCCUCGGAGUCUGACUCCCUCUCGGAUCGAGCUGCUGUGGUAAACAGUGUCGGGAGUGUGGAAGUAGCUUGGAAGUGCAGGCCGUCAGCGGCUUGUCAUGCCUGCCUCCAACACGCUGAAACGUUUGGCUUAUGACCCUCGAUCCUGGAUCUAAACUUUCUCAGCCCGAUUUCCCCCCCCCUGUGGUACCCCCGAGGACAAGACGCGUGUAAGUGAGGUGAAGUGUUUGUAAUGAUUCGUCACAGUCCCGUCGGCCCAUGAGUGUGGAUAUCCCCUCAGAGGAACUUUGUCUGGAACUACACGUCUUUGUGAAAUCAACACGUUGAAGUGGACUAUUUUGUUUACAUGUGUUCGCAGAACUGCUUGUUGUCCCAGAUACAAACUGUACCGUGUACGUGGAUUACAUUAUUGUCUGGCUACUAAAGGGCCCCUCUUCACCCUGGUGUGGGCCGGCCACCUUUUGACCAGGUGGGCGGGUGAAGGGGAGCUGAGUGACCGCAGCACUCACAGGCCUUGUGGAGCUGUGGUCGCACAGGCUCUGUGACAUUGCCAGUGCAGGGCCGUGUGUGUGUCACUGGAUUAAUCUGAGUGAUAACAUCACUCUACACUGCUCCACUCUGUCCAGUGACCAGUCCCCCCAGAAAGCGCCAGUAAUUGGAGCUAUUUUUAGUGUAAGGGAUGGGGUAAAAGCAGGCAGCUGGAAACCCAACUCCCCUCCACCUCCUUCUCUUCCACCCCUUCUGUCACACUACCUCGCUCAGCCCACCUGGCAGUAUGCUGGGCGAGCCUGGUUAGCACAGACUCAAUUUACAGCUAGUGAAUGAUCUUCCAGACAAGUCGUCUGGAAGAAUAACAAAGGUUGGAUGAACUUCUUCUGCUGAAUAAUAAGAGAUCUGUCAGGGCUUACUGACCAUGGACUCUUGGUAGCGGGAUUCUAGCUGUACUGUGUUCCACUGGUUAAGACUUCACUGGACACAAACUUUGUUCUGGAAUACCACUUAGAAGAUGUCUGAAGGACUAUUAACUGUGAAGAUUUGGUUGUACCUGCCCUGGACUAAGUGAACGUAUCAUAAGCAAAAAGAGUCUAUGCCUUUACCCCUUGGACAUUUAGCUCAAACUCAUAAAUAAGAGUAUUCACUUGUUAACCAAGAAGAAAGGCCUACCUUUGACUACCUAAAGCAUCGGUCACCAGCGACCUGGAGUGGCACAAACCUCCAGCACAUAGAAAGAAUGCAUGAAACUGCCGAAACCAACAUAACUAAAAGCUAACCUGACUAACCAAAUAUUAUAUUUCCCCCCACUCCCCAUACCCACAGAGAAACAGAAUAUAUAUGUAGAAUGAGAGAUUAUAUCUUUAGUGUAACUCCACAGAAGACAGAGAUUGCAUCCUUUAUAUUUUUACUUCAGAGAGACAAGCUGCCUGUACACCAGUUGGUUGCCUUAGAAACCACAGUCACAAAAAAUUUUACAAAAGAAAUAAGCCAGAGAAGACGGUGCCUUUUGAUUGGUUGGUCGGUUUCCCACCAUUUCAAGAUUCAUUGAUUUAGUUGGAUGUAAACUGUUGAGGUGAACUCUGGGAUUGAAAACACGCCUGAUGACAGUUACCUGACCCUUUUCAAGUCCCACCCACACGUCAGAGUGUUUGAUUGACAGUAUUUCCUUGCUGGAUUGAACAAUUGCCAAGCCUUUCCAUGGUGAUCACAUCAUCAUCCGUGGAGGACAAGACUGUGCCCCCUUGCAGGAUGGUCCAGUCAGAACCCUGGAUCGCCUCUGCCCUGCUUCGGAAGAACAAGAGUGUAAGCAGCUCAGGAUGUCCGCCCACCUCCUCCUCCUCCUCCUCCUCCUCCUCCUCCUCCUCCACUGCCCAGGGCUUCUCCCUCGCUGAGCCAGCCAUGACCAGCCAGCACACACAUACACACCCCACCUUCAGCUCCAUCCACUCCAUGGCCGAGCAGCAGCAGGUGCUGUCUGAUAUGACCAUACUCCAGCGGAGGAUCCCCCCUAGUUUCAGAGACCCUGCCAGCGCCCCACUGAGGAAACUCUCUGUUGACCUCAUCAAAACUUACAAGCACAUCAAUGAGGUGUACUAUACUAAGAAGAAGCGGCGGGCCCAGCAGGUCCCCCCAGAGGACAGCAGCACCAAGAAGGAGAGAAAAGUCUACAACGAUGGCUAUGAUGACGACAACUAUGACUAUAUUGUGAAAAAUGGAGAGAAGUGGCUGGACCGCUAUGAGAUAGACUCGCUGAUCGGGAAGGGCUCCUUCGGACAGGUGGUGAAGGCCUAUGACCACCAUGAGCAGGAAUGGGUUGCCAUAAAGAUCAUUAAGAACAAAAAGGCAUUUCUAAACCAGGCACAGAUUGAACUGCGCCUGCUGGAGCUCAUGAACAAGCAUGACACUGAGAUGAAAUAUUACAUAGUCCACCUGAAGCGUCACUUUAUGUUUAGGAACCAUCUCUGUUUGGUGUUUGAGCUGCUGAGCUACAACCUGUACGAUCUGCUGAGGAACACCAACUUCAGAGGAGUCUCCCUCAACCUCACCAGGAAAUUUGCACAGCAGCUCUGUACAGCAUUAUUAUUCCUGGCCACUCCGGAGCUGUCAAUCAUUCACUGCGACCUGAAACCGGAGAACAUCCUGCUGUGUAACCCCAAGAGAUCUGCCAUCAAGAUAGUCGACUUUGGAUCCUCCUGCCAGCUCGGACAGAGGAUCUAUCAGUACAUCCAGAGCAGGUUCUACCGCUCUCCUGAGGUUCUGUUGGGAAUGCCGUAUGACCUGGCCAUCGACAUGUGGUCUCUGGGAUGCAUCCUGGUGGAGAUGCACACAGGAGAGCCUCUCUUCAGUGGCUCCAAUGAGGUUGACCAGAUGAAUAAGAUUGUGGAGGUUCUGGGGGUCCCACCCAGCCACAUGCUAGAUGCAGCUCCUAAAGCCAGGAAGUAUUUUGACAAGCUCUCAGAUGGUCUGUGGACAGUGAAGAAGAACAAGGACAUCAAGAAGGAGUAUAAGCCCCCAGCCACGCGGCGUCUCCAUGAGAUUUUGGGUGUGGAGACUGGGGGCCCAGGAGGCAGAAGGGCAGGGGAGCCAGGACACGCCCCCUGUGACUACCUGAAGUUUAAAGACCUGAUCCUGCGUAUGUUGGACUACGACCCUAAAAGCCGUAUCACGCCAUUCUACGCCCUGCAGCACAAUUUCUUCAAGAAGACGACAGAUGAAGGAACCAACACCAGUUCAUCUACAUCCACCUCUCCUGCCAUGGACCACUCCCAUUCAACCUCCACUACUAGCUCUGUUUCUAGCUCUGGUGGCUCCAGUGGUUCUUCCAAUGACAACCGCAACUACCGCUACAGUAACCGCUACUACAACUCUGCUGUUACACAUUCAGACUAUGAGAUGACCAGCCCUCAGGCUCCCUCCCAGCAGCAGAUGAGGAUGUGGCCAGGCAGUGAUGGUGGAGGUGGGGGUCAGGACCCAGCAUACACCCAGUUGCUGCUCCACAAGCCGGCUGCCUCCCAGCAACACCAGCGCCACUUCCUGGAUGCGCCCCACCAUCCCCACCCAACUUACUCCCACCACGGAAACGGUGGGCGUGGCCUGCGGCAGGGCGGACAGACGGGCAUCGGAGGAGGGGGGGGCCAGCAGGGAUCCUCGCCCCAGAUGAGUGACAGCAUGGAUGUGGGCGUGUCCCUAGGGCUGCACCACCUGGGGGCGGUGUCUUCCAUGGAGGCCUCUCAAUUUGGCUCUGCCUCCCUGCCCCUCGCUCUGCCAAUUGGACUGUCUGCCUUCCGGACUCGGACGGCCCCCACCGCCCCAGGGCCACAAGCCCCAACCCCUGAGGACUACUACCCUGCCUCCAACAACAAUAACCCCGCUGCGGGGGGCAGAGGGAGGCCGGACUCAGACGAGGGGCCAGCCAAUUCUUGAUAAAACCUGAACCAUGCCCUAAAGCCAUACAAUUUUAACUACAACUACUACAACUACACACAUACAGCCAGAGUUCAGAGACAAAGAGGUGAACUUUGUGCUGAAGGAGACAGUUUGUACUGCAUGAGAGGAGGAGGAGGAAGGAGGAGGAGGAUGCUGGGAAAACUCUCCUUUUAUCCUGUUUUAGUUUGUUGUCUUUUGUUGCAACUGUAAUUGGAAAGGAAUGAUUGUGACAAGUUUGUUUUUAUUAAUAUUAUUAUUGUUGUUUAAUAUUUGAUUUUUCUCGGGUUUGAGGAGUUGUGUGUUCUACUUGGUUGUUGUUUAAGCCUGGAGAGGAGGAGGAGGAUGAAGAGGAAAGAGAGAGGAGCCAUGCUUUUCCAUUUUACUCCACAUGGUGGCUGUAAGUGGACAGAGAGCACAUGUUCAUGUUCAAACCGGUUAGUUAUGACAUAAUUAUAUUUGCAGCUCUUAGAGACGAGCAGUCUUAACACACACAGACAAACACACACAUGUAUACAGUGUGUAUAUAUAUAUAUGUAUUAUGUACGUAUACACACACUGCUGCAUCAAGAAGACAGAAGCUGGUUUCAAAGGUAGAAAACACCAACAUAUGUGUGAUUCAGGACUCAUGGAUUCUCUCUCGUGUCUGUGUUAAACUCACUUUUUCUUUGAGUUUGUGUCCUCCCUCUGUCGCUCCCAGCCUGGUUGUCACAGAGUACGGAGAGAGGGAGGGAGGUGGAGGGAGGAGAAGGUGACGGGACACUGAUGCCGUGCUGGUGCUCAUAGGGAUCUCCUUCUCCUCCUCAUCCUCCUCUUCUCCCCGCUCUCUUCUUCAUCUCCUCCUCCUCCUGUUGUGUUUCUCCUCCAGACAGCUCCUCCUCUCUGUGCUGCUAAUCACCAUGACAACUGGUCCGGAUUGCUGCUAAAGAUCCAACACAGAUCAAUUAAAGAAAUAAAAAGAAAUAGAAACAGAAAUAAAAAAAAAAACUUUUUAACCCUUCUGCUUAAGAGAAAAGGAUAAAGUAAGAACCACUGCAUCUCAAUGUAUUUAUUACUAUUUAACAAGAAAAAACAAACUGAAAGUAACCCUUUUUUCUGCUCUUCUUUGUUUGGUUGCCUUCUUUCUGCAGGUGAGCUCUGAUUGGCUAUUGUAACAGUGACAGUAACUGGUGACAUGGGAAUGCCACCGGUUGUGGGGGCUGGGUGGAGGGGAGGGGUUGGGGCAAAAUAAAGUUGGAUAUAUAAUAAGAAUAAAGAGUAUACUUUUGCACACCAAAGUCAAACAAACAUCAGAUCUCCGCUUUUCUUCCUACUAAUAUGACCUUGUGUGUGGUCAGGAUGAAGCUCUGAUGCUUGGCCUCUCUCCACCCACGCUAAGCCAUGGACACCUCAUGUGUUCGUUAUUAGAUAAAAGAAUGAAAUACACACGUUAUAUGUCACACAACCAAUGGUAGACAGCCAAUCAAAAGCUAGUGUUUGACCAAGACAGAUGAACAAAGGUUUGGAGAAAAAAAACACUGAAAGAAAUUGGAAAACAAUGAAAAGCAGGAAAUGACAUAACAUAGUAAUGACUUAUUGGAUCUUUUUUUUUUUUAUUAUUCAUAUGACUGUUUUCCCUCAUUUGGUCUUAUUUACAACUGAAAACUUUUGGACUUGCUCAAAUACAACAGCUGUCUAAGAUUUUUAUGUUAAUUAAAAACGAAGUGGUAGUGGUCACACUUUUAAAUCAA